AAAUGUCUUUUUUAUGAUACAUGUUUGGUCAAACAAUGGAGUACUCCUAAUAUAUGAUAAAAGGAAAAUAUAGGCUCUUUUUAAGAAAUGGUUCAGUAUGGAUCAAGGUUGAAUGCGCAACCUUUGUACUGUGUGCUGUCUCUAGGAUGAAAGGGGAAUGUUAGAGUUCAAAGAACUCAAUACAUAAAUGCUAUCUUACACUCAUUGUAUGUUAAUUAAGGCAAAAAGAUACGGAAGAUAACAAAGUAGACCAGAGCCGACACAGCUACACAGGCAUCAAAACUAUUACUGCGCACUAUUGAUCGCUAUUCAUAUCGGUCUUUGUUUUGUCUUGGUGAUAUGCAUUUAUUAAAGUAAUCAUGGCAAUAGGCUACUUUUGUGUGUGUGGAUUAAUCAUCCGAUGCUGACAUUCGAGCGAUCUACGGCUAUCGUUAUCUAAAUGAACGGGACUAAUUCUUAAUCCUAAUCUAAUUGGCAGCUAGUUCCCUAAUUGGUUUAUGGUAGCGUUAUCUGAAAAUACAGUUGAUGUGCUGAUUAUGUCAUCACGGAUGUUAAGUUUUGUGAUACGAUCAGACGACGGUCGACCUUUGUGCGCUCUAUUUCUCUCAUUGACGAGAAAACAAUGCGCGCGUUAUGUAAUAUUAAGGCGCAAAGAUAACAGAGGAAUACAAAAGACGGCAACACCGAUGAGAGCCAUGAUCCAAACGUGCAUAAUAAAUGCGCACCUGUUAGCAGCUUAAUACUAGCCUAUUCUUUUUAUACCAAAAAAACCCUAAAAAACAUUUUGUUGUUGCUGAUGUUUUAUGCACUUUAACUUGUGAUAUGUAGCUGUUUUUAAAUCAGCUGCGUGGGAAACAUUCGAACGUUCUGCUGUUGUUAUAGCAACUGUGGGAGGUAGCUGCAGGCUACUGAUGAAACUCGGAAACUGAGCUGAACACUCGGUAAGCAUGGCGUCAGUGCUGUCACAGCUCACGGGUCAGUUGAUGGAUGUUCAGGGUCUCCUGAUAUUUCUGUGUGUUCUGCUGCUGGUGAAACACACGCGAGAUGUUCUCACGAACAACAUGCCUCCAGGACCCUUCCCUCUUCCUCUGCUCGGAAACGUACUGAGCAUUGGCUUCAGUGAUCCAAUGGAGAUUUUUCCGAAGAUUGCAGAGAGGUAUGGAGAUGUGAGCACUCUGUAUCUGGGAAACAAGCCUUGCAUACUGCUGACUGGAUACGAGAGUUUCAAAGAGGCGUUUGUGGAGCAGGCGGACAUCUUCACAGACCGGCCGUACUUCCCUGUGAACGACAAGAUCUGCAAAGGGCAAGGUCUGAUCUUCUCCAGCGGACACAUGUGGCGUCAUCAAAGGCGUUUUGCUCUGGCAACACUUAAGUAUUUCGGUGUGGGCAAAAAAACGCUAGAAAACUCCAUUCUGCAGGAGUGUCGCUUUGUCUGUAGUACUUUGCAAGCCAAGAAAGGUUUGCCAUUCAACCCCCAUCACCUCUUGAAUUACGCAGUGGGAAAUAUAAUAUGCAGCCUGGUUUUUGGCUACAAGUUUGAGUAUGACAACCAUCGUUUUCAUGAGCUGCUGCAGUAUUCAGAUGAAACCUUUAAGCUCCCCAUCAAUGUCUGGGGCCGGCUGUAUAACACGUUUCCCGCUCUGAUGUCCCUGCUGCCAGGAAAGCACCAGACUACAUUUGCCAAUCUUUCCAAGCUUAAGCUCUUUUUUAAGGAGGAAAUCGCGAAGCACAAAGAGGACAGAAACCCAUCUAAUCCUAGAGACUACAUUGACUGUUAUCUGGAUGAAAUUGAGAAGAGUAAGGACACUGAUGCAGAAUUCACAGAGGAAAACCUGAUACACUGCGUGUUGGAUCUGUUUGGAGCAGGAACGGAAAGCACUGCUAAAUCACUGAGCUGGGCUUUACUCUACAUGGCAAAGUAUCCAGAAGUGCAAGAGAAAGUCCAUUCUGAGAUUGAUCAGGUGAUUGGACAGACACGUCAGCCCUUGAUGGAAGACAGGGCACAUCUGCCGUACACCUACGCUGUGAUGCAUGAGAUUCUGAGGUUCGCAAAUGUUCUCGCCUUCAUUCCCCCGAGAGUUGCCAGCAAAGACACCACAGUAGCAGGAUGUCUCAUACCGAAGGGUGUGAUGGUGCUGCCUAUGCUGAAGCCAAUUCUGGAGGACAAGAACGAAUAUUGCAAUCCAUACGAAUUCGAUCCUGCUCACUUUCUGGAUGAAAAUGGCAAAUUUCUGAAGAGAGAAAACUUCAUUCCCUUUUCAAUAGGUAAGAGGAUGUGUCCGGGUGAGCAGCUUGCUCGUAUGGAGCUCUUCCUCUUCUUCAUCUCUCUGAUGCAGCAUUUUAACUUCCUGCCACCUGAUGGAGAAACACUGAGUCUCAAAAGGACAGUUGCCAUCGCUUCUGCUCCUGAACCCUUCCACAUAUGUGCUGUACCUCGUUAAUGUCACACGAUUGCGACAUAAGAUAAAAGAAUACGCCCACUGAAACUCACUGUGAAGCACGAAUAAGGAUUUGUUUCUGUUUGGUAACACGAAACACUCGUAGUGUUGUUUGUAAGUUAUGAAAAUGGCUUUUUUAUUUUCAUUGAAUUUGGUUUUAAUUGCUUUUUACCAUAUUUGACCUACAUACAUUUUUUUGGAUGAUGUCAGUCGUGUCUGGAAUCGAAGCGAGCAAGUCAGUCAAAUGGUUGCAAAGCAUCUUUCCGCAUUGAUAGACGUUCAGAUGUUUUAUCUGUAAAAGCUUGAAUUGAGAAGGUAAUUUCUGCACUCCUUGGCUUCACAGAAUAGCAGUUUUUAGUAUUUUUAUGUUGUUGUGGUGCCAUCAGCUUUGUCAUUAUAUAAUUUCCCUAUGACUGCUGCCGAGUCAUUGGUCACAUGGCAAUUACGACUCAGGUGAUUGGUUAAAACAUCCUUUUCUGGCCAGCUGCCAUAUAAAUGACUCAGUCAGUCUCUGUGUCUUUCAUCCAAAGCGACUCAUUCAUAUUCUUACGCAGCUGCUGUUGUUUCAUAUUUGCUGCCCUCUGCAGUAGUCUCGGGUAAUAAAAUAACCUUCACUUAAA